AUGGCGAUGAACCGUGCUACAGUACGAACAGAACCAGAGAAGGAAAAAUAUAAUGAUGCUGAUGAUAAGGAAACAGAGGAGGUUAUUCAUAAAGAAUGUGGUGGUGAAGUACAUAGUCAUCAGAAUAAAAACAAAGGAAGAGGAUGGGGCGUGUUAUGGUCACGAGCCAGGGAUGCGGGCCGAUAUAGCCUUACUCCUAGAAGGUUCUGGGUCUUACGAAACCCACCCCCAAGCCCAGUAAUCCACCCACCGCCAAACCCAGAAGCCCACUCCCUGACCCAGAAACCCACCGCCAAACCCAGACCAGCCCACCCUCCCCGACCCCAGAAACCCACCCACCCCCCAAACCCACAACCUACCACCCACCCAGAAAUCCACCGCCAAACCCAGAAGCCCAUCCCCAUCCCCAGUAACCCACCCACUCAGAAACCCACCCACUCCCUGACCCAGAAACCUACCGCCAAACCCAGUAGCCCACUCCCUGACCCAGAAACCCACCCACCCCCAAACCCAGUCCCCUAA